AUGGAACUCAAUCUAAGUCAAGAUCAACUGGUAGACUGUAAAGGGACUCAAUCUAAGUCAAGAUCAACUACCUUGAACAGUUCUCAACAUGAGACAUCUGAUGGAGGCACAAAAAAUCGGAAAAUGGCGAUAGCCAUAGGUUUAAGCCUUGCUUGUGUUUGCUUGUUGAUCAUUGGCUCUGGUUUUCUUCUUUGGUGGAAAAGAAGAAAAGCCCAACAAGACAUUAAUGAACAUGAAUCUGCAACGAGUAACUUCAUCAGCAAGAAUCUGGUUGGGAAGGUGUAUAAAGGUUAA